CUCUUCUCUUCUUGCAACAAUUUAUCUGCGAGAAACAGCGAAGUACACUGAAACAUGGCUGACUCGAGUGGAAAACAGGCUGAUAGCAUCAACCAUGCUACAGAAGCCAAGAUACACGAAGUUGCACGAUCCAAGAAUGAAGGCAAGGAGCUAACCAAAGAAGAAAAGCAACGCCUUAGGAAAGAGAAGAAACAACAGAAAAAGAACAAGAAAGAUGAAAAGGGUCCUCCAGAAAAGGAUAAAGAGAAACCGUCAGCUCCAGCUCCAUCAAAACCAGUCACACAGAGCCCAUCGCGUAAAGUGGCCCCGGUGCCUGUAAAUGCAUCUGUUCCGGAACCUCCUGCGGCUGCAGAGAAGUCCGCAAAGACCAAAGCAGAGAUGAAAGCAGAGCGACGGGCUCGGCAAGACGUAGAACGGGCAUCAAAACAGGGCAAGAAAGAAGGAGGCCAGACAUCCUCCAGCAAGCCUAAAGCCUCCCCCAGCGAGCUUCAACCAGUUGUGAAAAGGUUACCGGAGCAUAUUCAAGUGGACGACCCAGCUGCAUUAAAGAAGUUGGCUAAAAAGCUUGAGAGACAGCAGGUUCCUUUGAGGUUGGAUUAUGGCUACAAGGUCAGCCUAUUUUCCCAUCUACACCAAUAUAGCCGAAAAGCCCCUCCUACCCAACAAAUAAGCAUCCCUGCCACAGUUAUUCACCCAUCCAUUGUUCGCUUGGGCCUGCAGUACUCUCAGGGUAUCAUAGCAGGAUCCAAUGCUCGAUCUGUGGCCCUAUUACAUGCUUUCAAACAGGUUAUCCAAGACUAUAGCACACCUCCAAAUGAGGAGUUAUCAAGGGACCUUGUGAAUAAGUUGUCACCCUAUAUCAGUUUUCUCAGCCAGUGUCGCCCCCUAUCUGCAAGCAUGGGCAAUGCAAUCAAGUACAUCAAGAAGGAAAUUUCAAAUAUUCCCAGUCAAUGCAAAGAAGAAGAGGCAAAACAUAAUCUCCAGAUAUGUAUUGAUAAUUACAUAAAUGAGAAGAUCACUUUGGCUUCUCAAGCCAUUUCUAAGUGUGCUAUUGAGAAGAUAAGUAACGGAGAUGUUAUUCUUGUUUACGGAUGCUCUUCACUUGUCAAUCACAUUUUGUGCGACGCUUUUGAAAAGCAGAGGAAGUUCAGAGUUAUUGUUGUGGACAGUCGGCCCAGGCUGGAGGGCAGAGAGGCACUGAGACGUCUGGUGAAGAGAGGCAUCCAGUGCACAUAUGUGCUUAUAUCAGCCUUGUCCUACAUCCUGCCUGAAGUAUCCAAGGUAUUCCUUGGUGCCCACGCACUCCUUGCCAACGGAUAUGUGAUGUCACGUGUGGGAACUUCCCAAAUCGCCCUGGUAGCGAAAGCCUACAAUGUUCCAGUCUUGGUCUGCUGUGAGACUUACAAGUUCUGUGAACGAGUGCAGACUGAUUCAUUUGUAUCCAAUGAAUUAGAUGACCCUGAUGACCUGAUUGUGACCCGAAAUGGAAAGACCCAGCUAAAGGACUGGCAGACUGUUAAAUCUUUGGGCCUUCUGAAUUUGGUGUAUGAUGUGACACCUCCAGACUUUGUGGAUCUAGUGAUCACUGACCUAGGCAUGAUCCCCUGCACCUCUGUGCCUGUGGUACUUCGAGUCAAGAACGUAGAUCAGUGAAGAUCAGACAAGCAGAUGAAUCCGGUUCUCCUUUGCUUUUGCAUCUGCAUACAGGGAUAUUGGUAUGAAAUAAAUACCUCUAAGAAAUGGGAUAAGUCGAUGUCCUCACUGGCAGGAUCCAAAAAAAUGUUGAAACAUAUCCAAUAAUCCAAUUCCAUUUAAAAAAGACUUUUCGAUUCUGUUUCCUUCUGUGAGGUAAAAGAAUUGUAAAUGAGAUCCAAAAUAUCGCAAUUCAUUUUUGUUCUUUUGCAAAGUCAAAUGAACUAUUCAAAAAAACAUCUGUGUUAAACAUUCAUUAAAUUUAUGUUCGGCCCAUUGGGAGGCAUACACUUUUUUUUAAAGAUCUACACCAUUUUGGUUAUUAACUGUUGCUGCAAUUGGUUCAUAGAUAAAAAGAAGUAAAGUAAGGGUUGAAAGUAUGUUAAAAUGCAGGUGCAAUUGUGGCUAAGACCAUUCAUAGGCUUAAUAUGUUGCAUAACGGGAUUUGUUUAUAAUAUUAUCAAAACCCUGGAAAUGCUACAGAAAAAUAAAUGGUUUGGAUAAAACA